AUGACCACGCCUCCACCUGCGCAUGUGGAUCUUGAGACUCAACAACAUGCGUUCGUCCGAAAACAUCUCCACCCUCACCGGCCCGUCUGGACCCAUGCAAGGGCAGAGUAUUUUCUGCGUCCCUCAACGACAAAUCACAAAUGCCGACGCAAGGUGCGGAAGAACCAGUCGAUCGGGUCUGCCAUGCCAGGAGGGUUCAUCGGAAAUCUCGGGCGAGAUGCGCCACCUAUAAGCAGCGCAGAGUUAAGUGCGAUGAAACGAAGCUAUAAUUGUCUCCGCUGCGGGAAAUUCGGUGUCGAAUGUCCCCACCAGGAUCCGAGGCAUUUGGUGAGCCCCACUAAGGAUGUUGCGAGUGAGGCGGCAACUCCUUCGAAUGUCCCACAGAUUGGUUCUCCGGCAAAGGAUCAUUAA